GGAAAAGCUUUUGUGAAGGAAAGCUUGAAAUGCAUCGCAAACGGGGUCACGUCCAAGGUGUUCCUCGCCAUCCGGAGGUGCUCCACGUUCCAGAGGAUGAUCUCGGAGGUGCAGGAGGAGUGCUACAGCAAGCUGGACAUGUGCGGCAUCGCCAAACGCAACCCCGAGGCCAUCACCGAGGUCGUCCAGCUUCCAAAUCAGUUCUCAAACCGGUAUUACAACAAGCUGGUGAGAAGCUUAUUGGAGUGCGACGAGGAGACGGUCAGCACCAUCAAGGACAGCCUGAUGGAGAAGAUCGGGCCCAACAUGGCCAGCCUCUUCCACCUGCUGCAGGCCGACCACUGCGCCCAGGGCCACCCCCGCGCCGACUUCGCCAGGCGGCGCCUGACGGAGCCGCAGAAGCUCAAACUCUACUUCAGGAACCUGCGAGGUGAGGGGCCCGUCCCGGCCCACGCGAAGCGCAGCUCGGCCGAAAGCGCGUAA